AUGGUUGUGGCUAAAUUAAAAAAGAAACAAUUACCCGUCUACUUUGGUCAUCCGUUCCAGUUUUGGAAAGAACGUCAGAGGCUCGAAAUGAAGGCGACAGUGGACGUAGAAGAUAUGAAGAAGAUGUCAGAUAUUGUUAAUUAUGAUCUGGACGUGGCUAUAAAACAGACAAUGGAAGAAUGUGGAUAUUGUAAAGAAAAAGAAAAGAAAGCAGAAAGUUAUAUAGAAGAGAUUGAGAAUGAAAAGAUUAGAGAGUGUCAGAAAGCUUUUGAGCGGGAGAAAAUUGCCAAAGGCAUGAUGUGUACGAAAGAAGACGAAAAACGAUUAAAAGAAAUGCAAAAAAAGCAAAUAGAAGAAAGAAAAUGUAUAGAGAGGGAAGAAAAAGAAAUUGAUAUAAUGUGGCAUCAAGUACUGCUUGAGGACUGUCAUAGAAAGGAACACAAAGAACGUAUGGAUGUUAAGAGAAGACAACAGGAGACUCUCGAACGUAGAAGAUGCUAUGACGAACAAAUAGCCAGUGCUAAUAAGAAAAGGCAAGAAUUAAUACAUCAAGAGUUAGAAAAAGAGAAUAUUAAGCUGGAGAAGAUAAAGAAGAAGAUGGAGCUAGACCAUUAUGAAGCAAUCAAAAAGAAAAAUGAUCAACAAAUGUGCAACAAAAAGAACUUCAUCGAAGGGUACGAGAACAAACUGACGAGGCUUAGAAAUGAAAAGAUUAAGGCAAGGCAAAUAGAUAAUGAAACUAUAAGAGCUGCACUAGAAGACCUAAGAAGGGAAAGAGAGAGAAAUAAAUUAAAAAUGGUUCACCUGCCGCUCGUCAAUCGUAUGGUUUAUGUUACUGACAAAAAUAAUCUAGCAUUCUUAUUACAGAAAAGCCUCCAAAUGGAAAAACAAAUCUGCGUGGAGAACUUUAAUCGCGAAAGAAGAAUGGCAUCAGCUUUAGAAGAAGAAGCUGACAAAAUUGCAGAAGAAUGGCGCCAAAUCGAGCAAGAGAAAAAUGAUGAGCAAAAGAGACGAAUGGAACAAGAGUUGCGAACACGCAAAGAGAAAGCAGGUGAAGAAUAUAAAAGGCAUAUACAAACCAGAAAUAUGGAACUAGAAAGAGCAAAACAAGAUAGAAAGGAGCGUAUGGAACGCGUUAAAAGGAGUGCAUUUUACGAACUGCAGCGAAAGAUGGACAGUGCUAACGAUGAACUUGAAAAGCAAUUGGACUACAGGCAUGCCUUGAGUUGCCAGAUUAGAAAUAAUGAAAAUUACUUGGAUACAGAACUUAGGACCAUUGAAAAUAAAGACAAACCUUUCACAAAGAAAGCUCAACUUUUUAAAGAUGUUAUGACGACUAGACUAGCAAGUUCUACGGGGAGAUCAAGUACGAAUCCCGUUCAUCCCUUCAGAAGGAUAAUAGAAUCUAAGAAAAGCAAGGAAUCUUUUCUACCAUCAAUAGGAUAA